AUGGCCUCAUCUCCGUCGUCCGGGAUUGGUCAAGCAGUCGACGCCGUCGACAGCCAUCACGAAGAGGAGGAAAACUCUUCCGAAUCUACAUCGACCGCGCCCUCCACGAAGAAGAAAAAGAAGAAAAAGUCCAAGGCGGCGAGAGCCCUCAGGGCGCUCACCGGAAAGUCUGAGAUACCCCAGGAACUUGUUGAUCGCGUCUUGGUUAGAGUUCGGGAAGAUGGAGGAGCUGGCAGCGAUGAAGCAACGGCGGCCGAUGUGAGGGAGGCUCUGGAGGCGAUGAAGAUCAUGGACGUGGUGAAGGGCAAGGCCGGCAUUGGGGGCAUCAACAGGAAGGAUAUGGGAGAGCACAAGUUCUGGGCGACACAACCAGUGCCUCAACCAGACGAGGGGCCACCCAUUGAAGACGGAUACAUCGAACCUUCCGUCCCCCAAGACCAAGUCCGUCAAGAGCCCUACUCUCUGCCCAGUAGCUUCGAGUGGUCGACGCUUGACAUGAGUGAUCCUAAUCAGGCGAAAGAGGUGUACGACCUUUUGUCACUGAACUAUGUCGAAGACGACGAGGCCUCGUUCCGAUUCCAGUACAGUGCUGAGUUCCUGCAAUGGGCUCUUCAACCACCCGGAUAUUUCAAAGAAUGGCACGUCGGUGUCCGCGUAUCGUCAAACAAAAAAUUAGUGGCCUUCAUCUCUGGUGUGCCUUUAACCCUCCGCGUGCGAAAGAACGUCUUCGUGGCAUGCGAAAUCAACUACCUUUGUGUCCAUAAGAAGCUGCGCUCCAAGCGAUUAGCGCCAGUCCUGAUCAAGGAAGUGACACGUCGAGUACACCUCGAAGGAAUUUUCCAGGCGAUAUACACGGCUGGAGUUGUCAUUCCCACCCCCGUGUCAACUUGCCAGUACCAUCAUCGCGCUUUGAAUACCACAAAGUUGGUCGAUAUCCAUUUCACGUCUGUUCCUCGACAUAUGUCACUUGCCCGACUUAUCAACUACAAUAAAGUCUCUGACAAAACCACACUUCCUGUCAGAGAAAUGGAGGAGAAAGAUGUGAAGCAAGUGGCAGACUUAUUCGCAAGAUUCAUGCUACGGUACGACAUGGUCCCGGCUAUGAACUUUGAUGACGCCCGUCAUCAAUUUUUGAGUGGCAGUGGUACGGGGAAACCUGGAGAUGGGGGACCAGGAAGGCGGGAGAGGCAAGUCACUUGGUGCUAUGUUGUCGAGGAUCCACGUACUCACCAAGUCACUGACUUCUUUUCAUUCUACUGUCUCCCUUCGACCGUGAUUAAUACACCUGGCCCUGGGGUACUGCAAGCAGCCUAUCUAUACUACUAUGCCAGUGCCACAGCUUUCGAACCAGGUGCUGAAUCAGAUGGCAGGUUCAAGAAGAGGCUCCAACAACUCAUUACCGAUGCGUUGGUAAUCGCAAACAAUGCAAAGUUUGAUGUCUUCAACGCUCUGACGUUGAUGGAUAACAUGAAUUUUUUGACGGAUCUAAAGUUUGGGAAAGGCGAUGGAUUUUUGAAUUUCUACCUGUACAAUUGGCGGACGACGCCCUUGGCUGGUAUGACAGCCACCGAAGAUACCAGUGCCGGUAAAGGUGUUGGAGUAGUCAUGUUAUAG